AUGUCUGUGUCCGCCAAAGGACAAGCGGAAGCUCAGGGUCAAGAGGACGUCCGUGAUACUGAUAAAGAUGUCGAUAUGGGAGCGUCUAAGCCCUGGAGCGGCGUUCAGCCUCGGUACAUGAAUAUCACUCAGGAGAAACGCUCUGAGUACGACCUCGAUGACGUGGGCAGGCCCGAGGCGUUGAAGGGCAACCGGCUGAUUCGAGAAAGGCCGGAGGGGGCUAAUGAGUAUAGCCAGGAGCCUGUUGAAGGCAGAAUACGACCAAGCGAAGUUUGA